AUGCGAUCAAAAACGCCUUUGGUCGCUUUCUUAGCAGCAUCAACCUCAUUGGUAUCGGCCACUCAUUUUACGGAUUCACUCUUAAACAAAGUAUACAAUGUUAUGAAUGAGAUCAAUAGCGCUUCCUGGGAGAAUGGAACGAAAUCUAUAGCAAUCUUAGAAUCCAAAUAUCCUGAUCUCUCAGUCUACUCCUCCAGUUCACCUUUCCAGCCCCUAGAUGGGUUACAAUCCGGACAAAUCUCAGAGAUCAUCGAUAUCGCUCAGACCACAUUGAACAAUCGACCUAAAUCGAACACGACUACCUCAUCAUCCAAUUCCACGCUAAGUGGUAGCUCUUUGCUGGAAGAUGGUGCGGCGGGCGAUCCACCCAGUUUGGGAAUAGCGGUCUUACUGGCCAAUGUAUCGACCGAUAACGAAGUAGUUAAUGGGAUAGGAUAUGGGGAUGCAGCUACGUCACAAUUGAACCAUCUGCUGUACAAUGUACCUAGAACAUCAUCGGGAGCAAUCUCUCAUAGAGAAGAUCAAGCUCAACUAUGGUCGGAUAACGUGUUUAUGGUCCCUCCUUUCUUUGCAUACUACGCUGUUCUGCACAAUAAUCAGACUCUUCUCCAAGAAGCUUAUCGACAAUGUUCCCUCUAUCGUGACACUCUCAGACAGGACAGUGGAUUAUGGGCACACAUCCUGCUAGGGACUGGUACCCAUGAUUCCGGUCUUUGGGCGACUGGUAAUGCUUGGGCCGCGACUGGUAUGUUGAGGGUAUGGGCUACAAUCAAAGCUUCGAGUUAUGCAAGUGACAUGUCGAGUCAGAUGGAUGACUUGAAGAAUUGGGUAACGGAGAUUCUCGAUGCUUCGCAAGGGUACAUUACCAGUGAUGGAUUAUUGCACAACUACAUAAACGACAAUACAUCUCGAUUAUCCACACUGAACAUAACGGAUACCUACGUUCCCGACUCCCUUAAACUCUUAGCAGCGGUAUCAUCAUAUGUCAACUCGACAGGGUAUCUCACUCAGGUGGUCAACCCAUAUGAUUUCUCCAAACAGGGUACAGUCUCACCUGAAGGUCAAAGUUUCGUAGUUAUGGCCUAUGCGGCUUACAAAGAGUGGGAUAGUCUUGGAAGGAGAGGUUCGACUAGCGGUAAUGAUGAUCCCCUCGGAAGCAGUAGUUCGGCUAACAAAGUCACGAGCGGAAGUAUACCAGCAUUAUUUGGUGGUUUGUUGGCUUCUAUAUUGGGUGUCUGGUCAAUGAUAUAG